CGGCCACAUCUGCACGGACGCCAGCGCGCAUCUGCACGGGGAGCGCCGCCGGCCGGGGUCGCCCCAGCCGCCGCCGGCCGCCCCCACCGGCGCGCGCGCGCCCAGCCCCGCAGGCUCGCAGACGCGCUCCUGCGGCCCCCACGCCUUCGCCGCCGGCGCCCCGCAUCCGGAAAGCGAGCCUGGCGGCCCCGUCCGGCGGCCUCCUGCACGCGCCAUGCCGGCCCUGCUGCUCCUCGGGACCCUGGCGCUCCUGGCCUCCGCCGCCGGCCAGGCCGGGGCGCGCCCGUCCAACGGCACCAGCCCCGCCCCGCCGGGCCCGCUGCCCGCGCUGCUGGCGCACCUGCGACGCCUGACCGGUGCGCUGACGGGCGGCGGGGCCGCGGCGGGCGCCAACGGCACGAGGAGCAGCCCCGCGGGCGGCCCGGGCGCGGCGGCCCGGGCGCCCCCUCCGGCCGAGCUGUGCCACGGCUACUACGACGUCAUGGGCCAGUACGACGCCACCUUCAACUGCAGCACCGGCUCCUACCGCUUCUGCUGCGGCACCUGCCACUACCGCUUCUGCUGCGAGCACCGCCACAUGCGGCUGGCGCAGGCCUCCUGCUCCAACUACGACACGCCGCGCUGGGCCACCACGCCGCCGCCGCUGGCCGGGGGCGCGGGCGGCGCCGGCGGCGCGGGCGGGGGGCCGGGGCCCGGCCAGGCCGGCUGGCUGGAAGGGGGCCGCACGGGGGGCGCGGGCGUGCGCGGGGGCGAGGGCCCCGGCGGCAGCACGGCCUACGUGGUGUGCGGGGUCAUCAGCUUCGCCCUGGCCGUGGGCGUCGGCGCCAAAGUGGCCUUCAGCAAGGCGUCGCGUGCGCCCAGGGCGCACCGGGAGCUCAACGUGCCCAGAGUGCUCGCCCAGUGCUCACAAAAUGUUAGCGGCGGAGUCACGAAGCAGACAAACAGGGCUCUGGUGGACAUCCUGCGGCACCAGGCGGGGCCCGGGGCCCGCCCGGAUCGGGCCCGAAGCAGCUCCCUGACCCCGGGAAUCGGGGUUCCCGACAGCAUGCCCCCCAGGACGCCCAAGAACCUCUACAACACCGUGAAGCCCUCCAACCUCGACUGGCGGGCCGUGCCUCCGCCCAGCCCCUCUUUGCACUAUUCCACGCUGUCCUGCUCCCGCUCCUUCCACAACCUGUCGCACCUGCCCCCGUCCUACGAGGCGGCCGUGAAGUCGGAGCUGAGCCGCUACUCCUCGCUCAAGAGGCUGGCCGAGAAGGACCUGGACGAGGCUUACCUGAAGCGCCGGCACUUGGCGGAGGCGCCCCGCGGGACGCUGCCGCUGCACGCCCUUCGACGGCCCGGCACCGGGGGCGGCUACCGCACGGACGGCUGGGGCGGCCCCGAGGAGCUGGGCCUGGCGCCCGCGCCCAACCCGCGGCGCGUCAUGUCCCAGGAGCACCUGCUGGGCGACGGCCGCGGCUCGCGCUACGAGUUCACGCUGCCGCGCGCGCGCCUCGUGUCGCAGGAGCACCUGCUCCUGUCCUCGCCGGAGGCCCUGCGCCAGAGCCGCGAGCACCUGCUGUCGCCCCCGCGCAGCCCCGCGCUGCCCCCCGAGCCCACCGCCCGCGCCAGCCUGGCCGCCUCGCACUCCAACCUGCUCCUGGGGCCCGGGGGGCCCCCCACGCCGCUGCACGGGCUGCCGCCGCCGGGCCUGCACGCCCACCACCACCACGCGCUGCACGGCUCGCCGCAGCCGGCCUGGAUGGCGGACGCCGGCGGGGGCGGGGGCACGCUGGCCCGCAGGCCGCCUUUCCAGCGCCAGGGCACCCUGGAGCAGCUGCAGUUCAUCCCCGGCCACCACCUGCCCCAGCACCUGCGCACGGCCAGCAAGAACGAGGUGACGGUCUGAGGCCGGGCAGGGGCUGGGGGGCGGCAGCCCCUAGCCCCGGCCCCCGGACUCGGGCUCCCACAACCCAGGGCGCUGGGCCCCAGCCAGGCCCUCCCUGAACCCGGCGGGCGAGGCCCCUCCCCCAUUACAUCACUGAACCAAGGCCGUUCCCGGUGAUGUCAUCACGGGAGGACCCGCCCAUGUUGUGUGACAUCACUGCAGAGACCACCUUCCCGUGGUGUCACAGCAGAGACAAGCCCUGCCCCGGUGACGUCAUCCUUGUCAUCAAGGGAAAAUCUUUUCUUCUGUGUCCUGUGACGUCACUGCUACAGACAAAGCCAUUUUCCUGGGACAGAUCGCGGGAGGAGACGCCUCCUUCCCACACCGUCGCUCCUGCGAGGCCGUCACCAGAGAAGGUGCCUUGCCCUGUGACGUCAUCGGAUGCACCGAGCCUCCUCCUGGGAUGUCAUCACUCCUUAGACGUCGGGAGGAGGCCCCUUCCAGACACCACGGGCUCCGAGCCCCGUGCCCUGGCGCUGUCGCCGUCAGGCCUGAGGAAGUGCCCGGUGCCCAACGCCCUCGGAGGGCUCGGUCCGAGUGGUGGUCUGCCUGGAGGUUACUGGUGGCAGGGCUGCGACGCCACCCCCGGGGCAGAGUCUGUGACAGCCAGGCCCCCUGGGCCUCAGGCGCUGCUCUGUGCAAUGACGGGGGGCGGGGGGGGGUGGCUCUGCUGCCGUGGGGCUCCUGGGUCCCGGGACUCCGCAGUGACAAACUGGGGUCCCCUCUUCCUGCCAGAGACGCCGCCGCUCCAUCAGCAAGGCCCCGGCCUCGGCAGGGCAGGGUGGGGUGUGCCUGCUGUUGGCCCCACCCAUGUCAUGGCCGGGCCGCUCAGUGUCUCGCUCGUCGUGGCCUAGCGCCUGCGGUCAAGUGCCAACCACGUCCCUACCCAGAAUUCCUGUGACCCACAACUGCGGCGGCUUCCUCUUCCAGGGCUUACCAUCGACCCCCAGGAUUUCCCACGGCCAAGGACGUCACCGCCUCCCCUGAUUCCCCUCAGCCACCGUGUCAUCAUCACCCAGAAUGCACCACAGCUGGUGCUGUCAAGAUUUCCCACAGCCAAGGACGUCACCGCCUCCCCUGAUUCCCCUCAGCCACCGUGUCACCAUCACCCAGAAUGCACCACAGCUGGUGCUGUCAAGAUUUCCCACAGCAACACGUCAUUACUUCCCAUGAUUCCCCUCAGCCACCGUGUCAUCACCAUCACCCAGAAUGCACCACAGCUGGUGCUGUCAUCGUCUCGUAGACGGUGCCUUGACCAGUGAUGCCAUUCCCCAGAGCCCUCUACACCUGUGGGGGUGUUCUCUGCUAGGCCCCAGGAGGACAGAUGACACCACCGUUUCCCAUAAUCCCCCAUAUUCAUGGCGUCCUCACCUCCCAGGAUCCUCUGUAAUCAUGUGUUUUGAUGUCCCAGGAUGCACCUCAGCCAUGGGGUUAUCAUCGUCCAGGAUUCAGUCCCUGAGAGCCAGUGACAUCAUCACCCCCAGGACACAUGAACCCUGCCAUCGACAUCAUCUCUAGGGACCCAUGAGAGUCAAUGGUGUCAUCACCUCCCAGAAUCCACCUCAACCAUCGGUGUAACACUGGGCUGUCUUCACACCCAAGGACCCAGAACACCUGCCAUCGACAUCAUCUCCAGAGAUCCAUGAUAGCCAUGGUGCCAUCACCUCCCAGAAUCCACACCAACCAUUGCUGUCUUCACGACCCAGGACUCAUGGAAACCAUCAGUGUCACACAGCUGUGUUCACACCCAGAAUCCACCCUCCAUCAGUGUCACACUGGGCUGUGUUCACACCCAGAAUCCACCCUACCAUCAGCAUCAUACUGAGCUGUCUAUACAACCAGACUCCACCCCACCAUCAGUGUCACACAGCUGUCUUCACACCCAGAAUCCACUCCAUCAGUGUCACACAGCUGUGUUCACACCCAGAAUCCACCCCAACCAUUAGUGUCACACUGAGCUGUCUUCACACCCAGAAUCAACCCACCAUCAGUGUCACACUGGGCUGUGUUCACACCCAGAAUCCACUCCAUCAGUGUCACACUGGGCUGUGUUCACACCCAGAAUCCACCCCACCAUCAGCAUCAUACUGAGCUGUCUACACAACCAGACUCCACCCCACCAUCAGUGUCACACUGGGCUGUCUUCACACCCAGAAUCCACUCCAUCAGUGUCACACUGGGCUGUCUUCACACCCAGAAUCCACCCCACCAUCAGUUUAACAUGGCUGUGUUCACACCCAGAAUCCACCCUCCAUCAGUGUCACACUGAGCUGUGUUCACACCCAGAAUCCACCCCACCAUCAGUGUCACACUGGGCUGUCUUCACACCCAGAAUCCACCCCACCAUCAUUGUCACACAGCUGUGUUCACACCCAGAAUCCACUCCAUCAGUGUCACACUGGGCUGUCUUCACACCCAGAAUCCACCCCAACCACCAGUGUCACACAGCUGUGUUCACA